GUGUGCCCCGAGUACCUGAACUCACAAGCAGACAUGAUCCGUGGGCAGAUAUUGGCAGCACUGUUGCUGUUGGGGAUUGCUGCAAAGUGCCAGCAGGCGCUGUGCGGCCACGCCCACUCCUACGCCCACCAGACGGGCCCCGUGGUGGGUCCCGCCCACCCAGUCACUGUGGGGCACGCCGGUUUCGGGGGAUAUGGACACGGACACGGAGGACACAGUGUGGACUACGUGGCAUACCCGAAGUACGAAUUCGAAUACGGGGUGUCUGACGGUCACACAGGGGACCACCACUUCCAGAAGGAGCACCGCGACGGAGACGUCGUGACUGGCGAGUACUCGCUCAAGGAGCCGGACGGCAGCGUGCGCACCGUCAAGUACCACGCCGACAAGUCCGGCUUCCACCCCGUCGUGCACCACUCUCACCAUGGCUACGGCGCUGGAUUUGGCGCCGGUGCUGGCGGUUACGGACACGGUCACAGCUACUACUGA